UUUUCCGCCAACCCGGAUGUAGCUGCACGGGAGCGAAGGUCAAAUAGGUUUCAGAUGGGUUUUUUUUAACAUUCUCUUCUCUGCGUCACAGUCUCAGUCUCCAGGCCUACAGCCCUGGGGCCUGGGUUCUCCACGCACGUUAGCGUCCCCUCACCUGCGCCUCCCACCGCGGAUUGUUGUCUCAAGGCCCAUCUCGCCUGGAAGAGAAGCCCAGAGGAGGCAGAGGAGGAAAACCUAAGAAUCAGGAAUGACUCUUUCUCAGGAACCAUUGACCUUCAGGGAUGUGGCCAUAGAAUUCUCUGAGGAGGAGUGGGAGUGCCUGGACGCUGCCCAGAGGGCCUUGUACAGGGAUGUGAUGUUGGAGAACUACAGGAACCUGGUCUCCCUGGAUUUCUCUACUAGAUGUAUGAGCAAAGAAUUACCACCAAAAGAUGACAUUAAUAAUGGAGAAUUAUUCCAAACAUUGAUUUUGGAAAGACAUAGACUUCAUGACUUUGAUUUGAGAGAAGUCCAGCAAGAUGUGAACAGAUGUAAGACUCAGUGGCUAUCUGAAGAAAAAAAUGAAGGAAUGACUGUAUCCCAUUACAAAAAUCUCACUUGUAGAGAAGACCAAGAACAUCAAAAAUUCAGGAAUAAUUUCUCUGUAAAGCAUAGUGUUUCCAUAAAAAGUAGUAAAUCUCAAUAUUACAAACAUGAUAUAAUUAAUAAGGCACUAAAAAGCAAGGUAGGCUAUUCAGGAAGCAAGAACAAAAAUCGUUUGGACAGUAGGCUUGGAUUAAGCUCUCAUUCACAUGUGGCUCAACUGCAGAGAUUUCAAACCCAUGAGGAAGUUUAUGAAAAUAAUCAAGUUGAGAAGUCUACCAAAAUGUCCUCAGUUUCACCACUUCAAAGAAUUCCUUCUAGUGUCAAAACCAACAUUUUAAAUAAAUAUGAGAAGGUUCUUAUGCAUCCUUCAUUACAGACACAACAGAAAACACCCAAAAGAGAAAAACCUUAUAAAUGUAGUGAGUGUGGGAAGACUUUUAGCCAUUGCUCAACCUUAGCUAAUCAUCAAAGAAUUCAUUCUGAGCCAAAACCUUACAAAUGUAAUGAGUGUAGCAAAGUCUUUAACAGAUUCUCAAACCUCACAAGGCAUCAGAGAAUCCAUACUGGAGAGAAACCAUAUAAAUGUAAUGUAUGUGGUAAGGAUUUUAUGAUACGUUCACACCUUUGGGGACAUGAGCGAAUUCAUACUGGAGAGAAGCCUUACAAAUGCGAUGAGUGUGGCAAAGCCUUUUCUGAGUGUUCAAAUCUUGUUCAACAUAAAAGAAUCCAUUCUGGAGAGAAACCUUACAAAUGUAAUCAGUGUGGUAAGGAAUUUAUCACCCGUUCUCACCUUUGGGGUCAUGAGAGAAUUCAUACUGGAGAGAAACCUUACAAAUGUAAUGAAUGUGGAAAGGCCUUCACCGGGAGUUCAAACCUUACUCAACAUAAGAGAAUUCAUGCUGGAGAGAGACCAUAUAAAUGUAAUGUGUGUGACAAGGCCUUUAGUCAGAAUUCAAGCCUUAUCGUUCAUCAGAGAAUCCAUACUGGUGAGAACCUUACAAAUGUCAUGAAUGUGGCAAAGCCUUUAAGCAGUACUCAAGCUUGAAUAGACAUCAAAAUAUACAUAGAGGGAAGAUACAGAUGUAGAGCCUGUGGUAAGGUUUUAUUAGAUGUUCUCAACUUUGGAGUCAUGAGGGAAUGCAUACUGCAAAAAAAAAAAAAAAAAAACUACAAGAAAAUGGCAU